AGCUGCUGGACUAUUCCAAUCCCUGUCGGAGAGAAAACACGCAGACCGACAGUCCUUCUCAAUUUUCUUCCUCCCUGUUUACCUCAUUGUGCUUUCUUUUAUUCCACCCUGCUUCUGUCUUUUGCUCUCUUUUACUCUUUGCCUAAGUGGGUAACUUUUUCUUCUCCCUCCUUUGCUUUCUGCUCCGUUUCACGGUUUUUAUACGCUCUAGCUAUAUAGCAGAGGUAUAUUUAUUUAUUUUUAUUAGAAAGGAUAUACAUUUCAAUUAUUUUUUUUAUUUUUUUUAGAUGUUCGUCAAAUGAGAAGACGCAAAAGAUGGAGUUGCAUAUUUUAGAACACAGUUUGAAAGUAGCGAGUAUAGCAAAAGAGGGCAUUCAGAUUUGCACUCAUGGAUUAAUCAAACUCGCCUUCUUGCCCUCUAAAACAAGAUGCAAAUUUUUCAGUUUGACGGAAACUCCGGAGGACUAUACCCUUAUCGUCGACGAGGAAGGCUUCAAAGAACUGCCUGAGUCGGAGCACCUUAGUGUCGCCGAAGCCACGUGGUUGGCUCUCAAUGUGGUGUCGGGGGGUGGGAGCACCACCAACUCUCAGCCAAUCGGAGUCACCAAAAUAGCCAAGUCUGUCAUCGCCCCCUUGGCAGACCACAACAUUUCUGUGUUUAUGCUGUCCACCUAUCAGACGGACUUCAUCCUGGUUCGAGAGAGGGACCUGCCUAUGGUCAUGCACACCCUGUCUUCUGAGUUCACCUUGAUGAGAGUGGUCAACGGAGAGACCGUGGCCGCCAACAGCCUCGGAGUCACCAACGGCUUUGUCAAGCCUAAACUCGUGCCCCGUCCCAUCAUCCACCCUCUGUCCAGCCCCAGUAACAUGUUCUGCGUGACCAGCCUGGACCCGGACACAUUGCCCUCGGUGGCCACCCUGCUCAUGGACGUCAUGUUCUACUCAGGCGGGAUAAAGGACGCUGGGGCGUCUAGCGAGGACUCUGGACACAUCCGCUUCUUCUCUUUCUCUCUGAUUGAGGGCUACAUCUCUCUCGUCAUGGACGAGCAGACGACACAGCGGUUUCCCAACAAUGUCCUCUUCACUAGUGCUUCAGGGGAGCUUUGGAAAAUGGUUCGCAUUGGAGGACAGCCUUUAGGAUUUGACGAGUGUGGUAUCGUGGCUCAAAUAUCGGAACCCCUGGCGACUGCUGACAUUCCAGCUUAUUACAUCAGUACCUUCAAAUUCGACCAUGCCCUGGUCCCAGAAGAAAACAUCCAGAGCGUGAUUGGAGCUUUGAGGACCAAUGAGAGCGCAGGACAGUGAAGGCGAGGAAAGAGACCGCGGAACGAGCGAUUUAUUAUGUCAAACUCUUACAACAACAAAAAAAGAAAAGUGCCAAGAGCGUGGUUCUGGGAAGAGGGUAAUGCAAAGCUUGAGUCGUGUAGACAGACGGACUGUGUGUGUGUGUGUGUGUGUGUGCGUGCGUAGACAUGCUUUUGUACAACGACCAGCAAUGUGUCCCUCCUAUUCUAAGACGGCUCCAACUACACUCCAAACCACACCCGCCACUCCCUUGAGCAUCCACUCUUCCCCCAAACAACAUCCACCUCUUUGGGGACCCAAAGCAAGAGUGACUGCAGUGUUUUUCUUUUCUCUCGCUUUAUUUCUUUCUCCUCUCCCUUCCCCUCAGACCAUUUCACCAUGGCAACGUGACCUACCGAAUUUGGGCCUAUUUCUUCGACACCAGCCGCUGAGAUACUGCAAAGCGGCCCUCGCCUCCUUUUACUCUUCGUGUGUCACCCACGCGGUCCAUGACUGCCUAUGGUGAUAGGUGUUGCUUUAGUAUACCAGACUUUCCUUCCUAACUUUACAUUGUUUUUCGCAAGCUGCUCUUUCCAUAACAACCAUACUGUAUUAGUUACCAGUCCUCUUAUGGAAAGAAAGAGAAUGUACUUUGCAAACAAUUUUCAAUAUUUCCAUUGUUCUUUGUAUUUAUUUUUCUCUGUGCCAAGAGGUUUUAAAGGCCUAGACCGAUGCCUUGUCUAAUGCUCAGCGUGUGUGCAAUUUCAGAUCAGAUUUUGUCCGAGUGGGGAAAUGCGACGUGUGAAUGCUGUCUUGUUCUGGUGAUGAGCGUGAAAUGACAUUUACUGACAAAUCACAGAGCCACUGAUCUAUAGAACAUAUCAUAUAAACAGUCUAGUGUGCUAUAUAUAUAUAUAUAUAUAUAUAUAUGCCCAUUUUCAUGUAGUUUCGGGAGAACUAGGUUAUCGUUUUGCGUCGAGUGCCACACUAGGCCUGACUCCAAACCAGUCCUUUACCACAAACUACAAUAAUAACUUAAAUGCUAGUAAAGCCAGCAUGGUGAAGUGGUAGGGGCCUUGUCAUUUAUUCUGUUGUGAAUGUUCUUUUGUGGUCGUGGAUCAUUGAACCAGCCCUGCAACCCUGUUGUCAGUUUAGGCAAUCAGCCCCCCCUCCCCCACCCCAGUCUGCACUUUAAUACAGGUCCAUCUUACUGACCUGCUAUACUGAUGUGAAAACGGGGAAGGCUUAUUUUAUCCUUGAAGGAUUUCUUGAUAAGUAGAGACUUUUGUUGGUCUUAAACCAUUGGUGGGUAUUUUAUUCUCUGUGACAAGCAAAAGCUUUCUUCGGUUAGCUUUGAUAUACAGAAACCAUGUAUUUAUCAGUGUUAACAUAAAGGGUGACAUUUCUUCUGAUAAAAAGUAAUUUGUUUUCAGCUUGUAGUGUGUUUGGUUUCGCAAGCCCCUCACCUUUCAUCUGUACUGUUUUUUUGUUUGUCUUCAUUUCUGACAUUAGUCCCCCAGACCCGUAGCCUAUUCAAAACACCUUUUGAUUCAAACCAUAUCAGAAAUUAUAAUAUGUAUUAAACAAUCAUCUUACCGUUAUCUUAUUUUAGACAAAUAGUUUCUGACAGGAACGUGCAGCUUUCAGCAAUUAUGUAAUUUCAUAUUAACAUCAUUGGUCGAGUUAACACCCACGUUUAUACCUGGUGCUAACAUGGGUCCUUUAUCCUGAUCUUGUCUGCAUAUACUUUAAUACCAUGUGUAGAUGCAUUUCUGGAAAUGUGGGCACAAUCAGAAUGUAGACAAGAUCAGCACAAGGGACCCAUUUUAGCACCAGGUAUAUACGGGGCUUCUGAUUUAAUGUGAAGGGCUGGAAUGUAAACUUGUAUGCAUGGGGCAUUGGGAACUGCUGUUGGGAGUCCUUGUAUUGAGCUAAAUGCUGUACUACUAUUGGCUUAGAAUCUUUUAUUUGGCAGGGCUAGGUUUCCCCACUAUAAUGCACCCCGCUUAUAACAAUCAAAGCGAUAGAUUGAAGUGGUCAAAAACUGAGACAGAAUCAUUCUUAUUAAUUACAAUGUACGGUGCAUUCAGAUUUGUUUUAAUGUUUAUUGUCCUCAAUCUACACACAAUACCCCAUAAUGACUUAAGCAAAAACAGUUUUUUAGAAAUGUUUGCAAAUGCAUUGAAAAUUCGGUUGAAGUAGGAAGUUUACAUACACCUUAGCCAAAUACAUUUAAACUCAGUUUUUCACAAUUCCUGACAUUUAAUCCAAGUAAAAAUUCCCUGUUUUAGGUCAGUUAGGAUCACUUUUUUUUAAGAAUGAAAUGUCAGAAUAAUAGUAGAGGGAUUCAUUUCAGCUUUUAUUUCUUUCAUCACACUCCCUGUGGGUGAGAAGUUUACAUACACUCAAUUAGUAUUUGGUAGCGUUGCCUUUAAAUUGUUUAACUUGGGUCAAAUGUUUUGGGUAGCCUUACACAAGCUUCCCACAAUAAGUUGGGUGAAUUUUGGCCCAUUGCUCCUGACAGAGCUGGUGUAACUGAGUCAGGUUUGUAGACCUCCUUGCUCACACAUGCUUUUUCAGUUCUGCAGACAAAUUAUCUAUAGGAUUGAGGUCAGGGCUUUGUGAUGGCCACUCCAAUACCUUGACUUUGUUCUUAAGCCAUUUUGCCACAACUUUGGAAGUAUGCUUGGGGUCAUUGCCCAUUUGGAAGACCCAUUUGCAACCAAGCUUUAACUUCCUGACUGAUGUCUUGAGAUGUUGCUUCAAUAUAUCCACAUAAUUUUGCUUCCUCGUGAUGCCAUCUAUUUUGUGAAGUGCACCAGUCCCUCCUGCAGUAAAGCACCCCCACAACAUGAUGCUGCCACCCCCAUGCUUCACGGUUGGGAUGGGGUGUUCUUCAGCUUGCAAGCAUCUCCCUUUUUCCUCCAAACAUAACGAUGGUCAUUAUGGCCAAACAGUUCUAUUUUCGUUUCAUCAGACCAAAGGACAUUUGUCCAAGAAGUACGAUCUUUGUCCCAAUUUGCAGUUGCAAACCGUAGUCUAGCUUUUGUUUAUGGCGGUUUUGGAGCAGUUGCUUUUUCCUUGCUGAGCAGCUUUUCAGGUUAUGUCGAUAUAGCAUUCGUUUUACUGUGGAUGUAGAUUAUUUUGUACCUGUCUCCUCCAGCAUCUUCACAAGGUCCUUUGCUGUUGUUCUGGGAUUGAUUUGCACUUUUCGCACCAAAGUACGUUCAUCUCAGUACUUUCAUCUCUAGGAGGCAGAACGCGUCUCCUUCCUGAGCGGUCUCAUGCUGUUAAUACUUGCCUACUAUUGUUUGUACAGAUGAACGUGGUACCUUCAGGCAUUUGGAAAUUGCUCCCAAGGAUGAACCAGACUUGUGGAGGUCUACAAUUUUUUUUUCUGACAUCUUGGCUGAUUUCUUUUGAUUUAUCCCAUGAUGUCAAGCAAAGAGGCACCGAGUUUGAAGGUAUGCCUUAAAAUACAUCCACAGGUGCAUCUCCAAUCUACUCAAAUGAUGUCAAUUAGCCUAUCAGAAGCUUCUAAAGCCCUGACAUAAUUUUCUGUAAUUUUUCUAGUUGUUUAAAGGCACAGUCAACAUAGUGUAUGUAAACGUCUGACCCACUGGAAUUGUGAUAUAGUGCAUUUUAAGUGAAAUAAUUUGUCUGUAAACAAUUGUUGGAAAAAUGACUUGUGUCAUGCACAAAGUAGAUGUCCUAACCGACUUGCCUAACCUAUAGUUUGUUAACAAUACAUUUGUGGAGGGGUUGAAAAACGAGUUUUAAUGACUCCAACCUAAGUCUAUGUAAACUUCCGACUUCAAAUGUAAAUAAAUAUCACAUUUACAUACACUACCGUUCAAAAGUCACAAAAAAGAAAAGCAUUAUUUUGUCAAUUUUAAAAUAUCAAAUUGAUCAGAAAUACAGUGUAUACAUUAAUGUUGUAAAUGCCUAUUGUACAUUUUUUUAUGGAAUAUCUACAUAGGUGUACUGAGGCCCAUUAUCAGCAACCAUCACUCCUGUGUUCCAAUGGCAAAUUGUGUUAGCUAAUCCAAGUUUGUUAUUUUAAAAGGCUAAAUGAUCAUUUGAAAACCCUUUUGCAAUUAUGUUAGCACAGCUGAAAACUGUUCUGAUUAAUAAAGAAGCAAUAAAACUGG